UCACGAGGAAUCUAAUGAUGUUUUAUUCCCCUCCAAUACUACCCCCUUAAUCCAACGCCUUAUAUCUCUUUAUCGCUCCAAAUCUAAAUCUGCACCGUCCAUUCAGAUCCAUACACGAAAUAUCAUCAUCUUCAUCUCUCUCAGAUCUAACACACAAUACAGACGCAGUCUUACUGGCUUUCUCUCUCUACACUUGCACAUUUUAGUGAGGAGCAUUUUUUUUUAAUACCCAUUUUGCCCCUUAGGCUAGAGAUGGUGGAGGCACAGACAUGGACGACAAGGAGAAUGAGCAACCCGAGGCUGGAUGCCAAUUCCCCCACCGUAGCUACUACUGCAGACCAAGUACUUGAUAUUCCGGCAACCCCACCUGGUGAUGUGAGGAACAAUGCUUACUCUGCCGCUGGAUCAUAUUUUUCUCCCACCAUUUUAACGGCCAUGAUCAUUGCGUCAUGGUACUUCUCCAACAUUGGUGUUCUGCUCUUGAAUAAGUACCUCCUCAGCUUCUAUGGCUACCGGUACCCAAUAUUCUUAACAAUGUUGCACAUGAUUUCUUGCGCUUGUUAUAGCUAUGUAGCAAUAAAGUUUCUUGAAAUAGUGCCGUUGCAGCAUAUUUUAUCGAGGAGACAGUUCUUAAAGAUCUUUGCUUUAAGUGCAAUUUUCUGCUUUUCUGUUGUUUGUGGUAAUACUUCUUUGAGGUACUUGCCAGUGUCGUUUAAUCAAGCUAUAGGAGCAACUACGCCGUUUUUUACUGCCAUUUUUGCUUUCUUGAUUACUUGCAAAAAGGAAUCUGCCGAAGUUUACUGUGCCCUUUUGCCUGUAGUUUUUGGGAUUGUUUUGGCCAGUAACAGUGAGCCUUUAUUUCAUUUAUUUGGGUUCUUGGUCUGUGUUGGUUCUACUGCUGGGCGUGCUUUGAAAUCUGUAGUUCAAGGGAUUUUAUUAACAUCAGAAGCUGAAAAGCUCCACUCUAUGAAUUUGCUGCUCUAUAUGGCCCCAAUGGCUGCUCUGAUUUUAUUACCAUUUACCCUUUACAUAGAAGGGAAUGUUGCAGCAGUUACGAUCGAGAAAGCAAGAGGGGAUCCAUUUGUUGUGUUCUUGUUGCUUGGGAAUGCAACGGUGGCUUAUUUGGUAAAUUUGACAAACUUUUUGGUGACUAAGCACACAAGUGCCUUGACUCUGCAAGUGCUAGGCAAUGCCAAGGCUGCUGUGGCCGCAGUUGUUUCAGUCUUGAUCUUUCGGAAUCCGGUGACCGUGAUGGGAAUGACAGGAUUCGCUGUUACAAUCAUGGGUGUGGUGCUUUACAGCGAGGCAAAGAAGAGAUCCAAGGUUACAACCCAUUAAAAGAUAAUAUUAAAAGAUUCAUUUUGAUUGCCACAAACACUGGUGCGGCUCUUUCUUCUCCUUUUGCUUUAAUACUUUUCGCUUUAGCGUUCAAUUUCAACUUUUGAUUUUUAUAAUUGGAAGGAAGAAGAGAAUUCGGAUAAAUUGGAUUGUACAGGGCAUAAGUGGAACAUAAGGGAAAGGAUUAUGCUAUUUUUCCUCUUUUUAAUUUUUUUUGGCUUUGAAUUUGUCACUGUUGGGGAUAGUUGUAGAGAAUAAAAUUCUCUCUAACUUUUACCUGUGUAACCUUAUAUAAUUGAAUUCUCUUGCAAAUGGACAAAAAACAAGGAAAUUGAUUUCUAAGUGUUUUUAUUGGAGAGGGAACAAAGUUCCCUCUUUUAUUUGUCAAAAAUAUUACCUAUUGUUGCA